AUGAUCAAAAUGCAACCGUCGCAAGCCCGCAAGAUUCCCUUCAUGGCCCGAAGCCUGGCGUCUCGUGAUCUGAGCAUUGGAAAUAUCGUUACCGCCGUUCAAUGUGCCGCUGGAGAUAGCACAUCCACCCCCUAUAACGGAGUGGAUAAGGUCGCGCUCGAAGCGUUGGGUAUGGAAGUCGCCUGCAACCUCCAGUGUAGUGUCAUGGUUGCGAUACAUUCUUCCGAUGACGGCCAACCUGAGUGGCGUACCGAAGUCCUAGAUCGCAUAAUCCGCCACUUUCGGUACGACCGGUACCUCCGGCUGGACGGCGAUGAGAUCGAAUAUGUCGUUCUAGUUGUGAUCGUAGUUCUCCUGGCAUAUGAAAUCCUCCGCCAACGUUGGGCGAGCCUGAGCGAGGAAGAUCAAGAUUUCAUCGUCAGCGCUUUCACUGAGUUCUUAGAUAACCGGGAUGUAAGAGCCGCCAUAAAGGCUGCGCUCGAUGCCGAACACGAACGGCUGGUGAGGCUUGAUGCCGAUAUGGACGUUCUAAAUGCACUCUUCGUCCUGACCGAUGCGCUCGGGGAAGUGUCGGUGAGGAUCGAGGCGCAGGACCAGGAUCAUGAUGGGCCUAUCGUUGCCAUGGCUGAGCAACAUCGAGCCGGCGGAGCUAGCGCCAUAGUGCUCGACGAUCCACUGCCCUUUAGCAGCGGUCUUGCACAUGGAGACGACUCGCCAUCCCCAUCCUCGUCGCCUAUCAUUAGCGCAUCCUCUGCUGACCCUGCCCAAUCCCUCUCUCCAUCCUUUACAGCGUAUUACCGAGAUGUCCAAGCGCAAUUCUUCCUCAAGCCUGGCUGCUCACUCGAUUUCGACUUCGUCACCUCCGCGAAUCUUCGAGGCGAUACUCUCACCGUAGAGACUUGCAUUGGGCUGCGCAUGCGCGUGGAAGAGGAGGUAACUGUGUCCAACAAAUCAGGUGACUUGGAUAGAGUGACGGUGCAAGCGUCAGAGACUGGGGGCUGUGUGCUGUCAGCGACUAUCAUUAUCCCGCCCGGACAUGCGUACUCUUUCGGGGACAUCGUAUCGGUAGAGGAAGAAACGGAACUCCCUGAAUGGACGAAAGUGGAGACGACCAAGGCAACCGUUUGGAUCGGGAAUGGCUCGUAUAGUAUUCAGCGCAGCACGAGCGGGACGCUGAUCACUGUCACCAAUGUCUACCAUUAG